UCCUUCCCACUUUUGGAGGUGGGAGGGCCCAGCUGAUGUCAUUGACUGGAGCAGGCAGAGCUUGAAAGAGGCCCUUUGUUGGCUGCUGUAGCACGAGUGGUCCCUGUGGCUCAGAUACACGCUCACACAGGGGACAGGACCGAGGCAUGGCUACGCUCAAACUGCUCUAAUGCCCACUCAACUUACACCUCUACAAGCCUACCAGCACUCGGGAAUCUUACCUGCUUCUCUGGAUUUCUGUUUCCUCUCCUAAAAGUGGAGGGAGCCAAAAGUCUUGAAGUCAACGGGGAGGGGGAAAAAAAUGGAGACACUCAGAAGGAAAAGUUGGUAGGCUUUGCCGGAAAGCUGCUGUUUUGGUUUUCAAAAGGAAAGGGAAGACGAGAAGGAAAUACAGCGGCUGGAACGACCCGACGAAAGCAAAACUUUUCACAUUUGAGCUUGAUCUUUCCUUUUUUUGGGACAAAUGUAGAGAGAAACUUUUGAGUGACAUCGGAUUCGAUCAAGCGGCUAUAAUUUCAGCAGGAAGGUGGGGGAAAAAAAGCAGAUGAAAAUGUUGGAGAUAUGCCUGAAAUUGGUGGGGUGUAAAUCUAAGAAAGGCCUCUCGUCAUCCUCCAGCUGUUACUUGGAAGAAGCUCUACAGAGACCGGACUUUGAGGGUCAGGGUCUGUCUGAAGCAGCUCGCUGGAACUCCAAAGAGAGCCUGUUGGCAGGACCCAGUGAGAAUGACCCCAACUUGUUUGUUGCGCUCUAUGAUUUCGUAGCAAGUGGCGACAACACACUGAGCAUUACUAAAGGGGAGAAGUUGCGUGUUCUGGGUUACAACCACAACGGCGAGUGGUGCGAGGCACAGACCAAGAAUGGCCAGGGUUGGGUGCCGUCCAACUACAUCACUCCAGUCAACAGCCUGGAGAAGCACAGCUGGUACCAUGGCCCCGUGUCACGCAACGCCGCCGAGUACCUGCUUAGCUCGGGUAUCAACGGGAGCUUCCUGGUCCGGGAGAGCGAGAGCAGCCCUGGACAGAGGUCCAUUUCCCUGCGCUAUGAGGGCAGAGUCUACCAUUACAGGAUCAACACUGCAUCAGAUGGCAAGCUCUACGUCUCGUCGGAGAGCCGCUUCACCACGUUGGCGGAGCUGGUACACCACCACUCCACCGUGCAGGACGGCCUCAUCACCACGCUGCAUUACCCGGCUCCAAAGCGCAACAAGCCCACCAUCUAUGGAGUGUCUCCCAACUACGACAAGUGGGAAAUGGAGCGCACUGACAUCACAAUGAAGCACAAACUGGGAGGGGGCCAGUAUGGGGAGGUCUAUGAAGGUGUCUGGAAGAAGUACAACCUCACUGUGGCUGUCAAGACCCUUAAGGAGGACACAAUGGAGGUGGAGGAGUUUCUCAAGGAGGCUGCAGUCAUGAAGGAGAUUAAACAUCCCAACCUGGUGCAGCUUUUAGGAGUGUGCACACGUGAGCCGCCGUUCUACAUCAUCACAGAGUUCAUGACCCAUGGGAACCUGCUGGACUACCUGAGGGAUUGCAACAAGGAGGAGGUCAACGCUGUGGUGCUGCUGUACAUGGCCACACAGAUCUCAUCCGCCAUGGAGUACCUGGAGAAAAAGAACUUCAUACACAGGGACUUGGCUGCCCGCAACUGUUUGGUCGGGGAGAACCACCUGGUGAAGGUUGCGGACUUCGGCUUGAGCCGAUUAAUGACGGGAGACACGUAUACGGCUCAUGCUGGGGCCAAGUUCCCCAUCAAGUGGACUGCUCCAGAGAGUCUGGCCUAUAACACGUUCUCCAUAAAGUCUGACGUCUGGGCAUUCGGGGUGCUGCUGUGGGAGAUCGCCACCUAUGGCAUGUCUCCUUACCCCGGCAUUGACUUGUCCCAGGUGUAUGAGCUGCUGCAAAGAGACUAUCGCAUGGAACGGCCAGAGGGCUGUCCAGAGAAGGUCUACGAGUUAAUGAGAGCCUGUUGGAGGUGGACCCCCUCAGAGCGUCCAUCGUUUGCCGAGACGCAUCAAGCCUUCGAGACCAUGUUCCAGGAGUCCAGCAUCUCUGAUGAGGUUGAGAAGGAGUUGGGAAAGAAGGGGAAGAAGAUAACAUUAGGCUCCAUCCAACAGGCUCCGGAGCUGCCGACUAAAACCAGGACGCUCCAUAAGAACAUGGAAAACAGGAACCGGGACAGUCCAGACCCUGUGGAACCAGAGGCCGUUUCAUCGCCAAUGCUCCCGAGGAAAGAGCGCCCUCUGCUGGACAACAACCUAAAUGAAGACGACCGCCUGAUCCCCAAAGAUAAAGACAAGACCCGUGGCAAUAGUUUUUUCAGCCUCAUCAAGAUAAAGAAAAGAAACGCACCAGCUCCACCCAAACGAAGCUCCUCGUUCAGAGAGACGGACAUUCCCUUCGAAAGGAGGCUGGUGACUCCUGAUCCACGGGACAGUGAAAACUGCAACAAUGGUACAUCGGUGUCUCUGAAUGACAACACGCAUGGCGUUGAGUCCUCGAAGUUCUUGGGAGGUAACAACAACGGGGCGGGAGGCGUCAUCAGCGGGACUCCCAACUACCCUGCGCCUCUGUUCCCCCGUAAGAAGGCCCCCCCUGUAGGGAGCAAGGCGGCUACGACGCCACCCAGCGAGGAGGAAGGCCUCUCUAAUUCAAACCGUUUCCUCUGGUCCCCCAUCAUGUCCAACGGCCGAGACGGCAACGAGUGGAAGUCUGUGACGCUACCCCGAGAUCUGGGCCAGCGGCACUUUGACUCCAGCACGCUGGGGGGGAAGCCGGCUCUGCCGCGAAAGAGGACCAAUGAGCAGAAAGGAGAGAGCGCCCGUCGAAUGGGCACCCUGACCCCCCCGCCGCGUCUUAACACGUCGCCGGACGCGUCCUCCUCCUCCUCCUCCUUCCUGGGUAAAGACGCCGAUCCCAACCCUGGUUCCGGUCCGCAAGCAUUGACGCCCAAAGGGCUCAAGAGGCCAGGUGUGACGGGGCAGGAGAACUCCAAGACCAGCGCGCUGCAGGCGGAGCUCCUGAAGGCCAACGUGCUCCCCACUUUGGGGGCUGCAGGAGAGGAGUGCAGGGCCCGCAGGAACAAGCAUGCUGGGGAAUCCUCAUCCGUCAGGGAGAGAGGCAAGAUCCAGAAACCCAAACCAGCUCCACCGCCACCGCCCACUGGUCCCAAAUCAGGCAAAAUCCCUCGAAGCCCCACUCAAGAGUCCCCUUCUUCCCCUUCAGACAUCAAAGCUAAGGGCCUUCCCUCCAUGUCAGACCCUAACCAUACAGCUGCUGCUAGUGACCAAGCCCGCUCGCCCAUCAGCGAGGGAUCCAAAAAGGGACCUUUGGGCUCUAAACCUCCAGCGCUCAAGGCUUCUGCUUCCACCACCUCAAUGACCACUUCUCUGUCCAGCCAGAACCAGGGGGGCCCAUCUUCCCCCGCCGAUCAGGGCAUAUCCGCCUUCACCCCCAUCGCAAAAACCCGAUCCUCCCUCCGCAAGACCACGCCCCGGCAAGCCAGCGAGCGCACGCCCAAUUCGGCGGUGACGCGCGAGAUGGUCCUGGAGGGAGCCGAGCUGCUGCGCGCCGCCAUCUCCCGCAUGUCGGAGCAGACGGGCAGCCACAGCGGCGUGCUGGAGGCCGGCAAGAACCUGUCCAAGUACUGCGUGAGCUACGUCGACUCCAUCCAGCAGAUGAGGAACAAGUUCGCCUUCCGAGAGGCCAUCAACAAGCUCGAGAGCAGCCUGCGCGAGCUGCAGAUCUGUCCCUCCGCCACAGGGGGCGCCAACGCUCAGCAGGACUUCAGCAAGCUGCUGUCCUCCGUCAAAGAGAUCAGCGACAUUGUCCAGAGGUAGCGCCCCAGAAAGCGGCGAGACGGGAAGCUGACACGAACUUUGACGCGUGACCCUCUGGGAUCUGUGCGAAGCUCUGCCGGGUGGAGUCUGGGAGGUGCCGGCUAGGUUGGCCCCCACAGCGCUCUCCCAGUUAACUCACUCUGUGGAUCACCAAGAGUGGACUCAAAAGACACCUGUGUGGCUGUCGCUUUAGACAGCCAGAACCUUGUAUGCACAUUAUCAUCUUAGCCUUAAUUAGGCUGCGGACCAAUUCGCCAUUAAUCAUCUUUGAAAUAAUUAUGUCUUACAUAUUUAAUUUUAUGCCCCCUCCCCCCAAAAAAACACUAUACAUUAUCAUAAAACGGCCUCCAAUAUUUGUUUUCAUCUUUAC